AUGCAGUCCAGUCAGAAGACUCAAGUGCAGACUCACACAGGUGAGAAACCCUAUGGGUGUGAGGAGUGCAGUAGGCAGUUCAGUCGGUUGGGUCAUCUGAAGACUCAUGUGAGGACUCACACGGGUGAGAAACCCUACAAGUGUGAGGAGUGCAGUAGGCAGUUCAGUCGGUUGGGUCAACUGAAGACUCAUGUGAGGACUCACACAGGUGAGAAACCCUACAAGUGUGAGGAGUGCAGCAGGCAGUUCAGUCAUCUUAGUACCCUGAAGACCCACAUGCGAACUCACACGGGGGAGAAACCUUACAGGUGUGAGGAGUGCAGUAGGCAGUUCAGUCGAUUGGGUUAUCUGAAGACUCACAUGCAAACUCACACAGGUGAGAAACCCUACAGGUGUGAGGAGUGCAGCAGGCAGUUUGGUCAGCUGGGUAAUCUGAUGACACACAUGCAUACUCACACAGGUGAGAAACCCUACAAGUGUGAGGAGUGCAGCAAGCAGUUCAGUCAGCUGAGUCAGCUGAAGAGACACAUGCGGACUCACACAGGUGACAGACCCUACAGGUGUGAGGAGUGUUGCUGGCAGUUCAGUCGGUUGGGUCAUCUGAAGAGACAUGUGCGGACUCAUACAGGUGAGAAACCGUACAAGUGUGAGGAGUGCAGCAGGCAGUUUAGUCAACUGGAUAAUCUGAAGACUCACAUGCGUACUCACACAGGUGAAAAACCCUACAGAUGUGAGGAGUGCAGCAAGCAGUUCUGUCAGCAGAGUGGUCUGAUGGCUCACAUGCCGACUCACACUGAUGAGAAACCUUACAGGUGUGAGGAUUGCAGUGGGCAGUUCUGUGAUCUUGGUACUCUGAUAAGACACAUGCGGACUCACACAGGUGAGAAACCCUACAAAUGUGAGGAGUGCAGCAGGCAGUUUAGUCGUCUUAGAACACUGAAGACCCACAUGCAAACUCACACGGGGGAGAAACCUUACAGAUGUGAGGAGUGCAGCAGGCAGUUCAGUACGCUGGCUCAUUUGAAGAAACACAUGAGGACUCACACAGGUGAGAAACCCUACAGAUGUGAGGAGUGCAGCAGGCAGUUCAGUGAGCUGGGUAAUCUGAAGAAACACAUGCGUACUCACACAGGGGAAAAACCCUACAAGUGUGAGGAGUGCAGCAGGCAGUUCAGUCAUCUAGAUACCCUGAAGACCCACAUGCAAACUCACACAGGUGAGAAACCCUACAGGUGUGAGGAGUGCAACAGGCAGUUCAGUACGCUGACUCAUCUGAAGUCCCACAUGCGGACUCACACAGGUGAAAAGCCCUACAAAUGUGAAGAGUGCAGCAGGCAGUUCAGUCAGCUGGGUAAUCUGAAGACUCACGUGCGGACUCACACAGGUGAGAAACUCUACAGGUGUGAGGAGUGCAGCAAGCAGUUCAGUGAGUCGGGUUCUCUGAAGAGACACGUGCGGACUCACACGGGAGUAACCCUACAGGUGUGA